CUACUAAGAACAGUCGGUGUACGGUAAACUUUUGCAACAGGCUCUCUUAUCCGACUUUGAUAUGCAGCCCCCCCUUCAAAACGAGAGAAAAAGGGAGGAAAAUGGUGGAAUCGCCAAAAUAAACUAAUCACACAACCUCCCUUGGUAUAAGAAACGCAGAGGCUGACGACCGCCAUGAGGAAGGAGUCGGGAGGAAAAGAGAAACAAGGAGGAAGAGGAAUGAAGGCUUCAAGGAGCUUUGGCAGGCCAGAGCCAUGGAGGAUAGGGAAUGUGUUCAUCAUAGUAUCCGUGAUCCUUUCCCUUGGCAUCCUCUCUCUCAUCAAGGCUCACUAUUGCUCCUAUCCAUAUGGGAAAUCACAGGCACCCUCGAAAUUAAUGGUACCAACGGAAACAAAUCUUAUGAUGGUCACGGAUCUACCAGAGGAUGAAGAUGAUGAAGGAAACAGCACUGCAGCCAACAUGGGCAAACCGAUAUGCUACGAAACAAGCAAGAGAUCUGAUACUUGCGAAGCGGAGGGCGAUAUAAGGGUGCAUGGGAGCUCUCGCACCGUGUUUGUCCAACCUUUGUCGAGGAGGCAAGAAAGGAAGGCCAAACCUUAUGCUCGAAAGAACGAUGCUGUCGCCAUUGCCAAUGUAAAAGAAUGGUCAUUGAAAGCAUCAAACAGUCACCAGCUGCCUCCUGAAUGCACCAUAAACCAUACGGUCCCUGCCAUGAUCCUCUCUGUUGGAGGCUAUGCCGGCAACCUCUUCCACGACUUCACCGAUGUAUUGGUCCCCCUGUUCAUAAGCUCUCAUCAGUUCCAUGGCGAAGUCCAAUUCUUGAUCUCCGACUUCAAAUCUUGGUGGGUGAACAAAUAUGGCUUGGUCUUCAAACAGCUCUCCAAGUAUGAGAUCGUCGAUGUGGACAGCGAGCAAGAGAGCACGGUGCGGUGCUUCCCUCGGGUGGUCAUGGGGCCGAGCUUCCACAAGGUGCUAGGCGUGGAUGCAAGUAGGUCUCCCACCGGAUACUCCGUUGUAGAUUUCAAAGCAAUGCUGAGGGAGGCACUUGGACUGGAGAGGGCGACUGCGACGCCUCCAGAAGAUGAAUGGGACAUAAGGAGGAGGCCUAGGCUGUUGAUCCUAUCUCGUCAGAACACAAGAAGAUUCUUGAAUGAGAGGGGGAUGGUGGACAUGGCAAUGAGCUUGGGGUUCGAUGUGAGGAUCGGUCAGCCGGAUGUGAGCACCGAUGUAGCGAAGUUUGCGAGGCUGGUGAAUUCGGCCGAUGUGAUGAUCGGAGUCCAUGGGGCAGGGCUCACCAACAUGGUGUUCCUCCCUGCAGGGGCUGUGAUCAUUCAGGUUGUGCCCAUGGGUGGUCUGGAGUGGCUGGCCAAAGAAACCUUCCGUGAUCCUGCAGAGGAAUUGGAGCUCAAGUACUUUGAGUACAAAAUCCAAGCAGAUGAGAGCACACUCGGUGAACAAUACCCCAAGGACCAUCCCGUGCUGACAAACCCCUACAAAAUCCACAAGCAGGGGUGGAACACACUCAAGUCUGUGUACUUGGACAAUCAAAAUGUGAGGCCUCACUUGGGCAGGCUUAGGAACACCUUGAUGGAAGCUCUCAAGCACCUACCUCACAAUGUAACCAGCUAAGUAUGCAACUGUUGGAACUAGAUGAUCCCCCUCCCCCUCAUAUCUCUUUCUUUCCCCCUUUUUUUGUUCUUCUAUAUUGUAAUCAUUUUGUUUGCUUGUAAGAUGAUAGAUAUGAGUGUAUGGUGCAAAUGCAUCAGAGAAUAUUAAUUAUACAUUAUUAGUUAUGAAAAUGUCGUGAAAGAAGUGAUUUCAAGGUUCAAUCAACUUUAAA